AUGAAGGUUGGAGUCUACAGUGCUGCCCUAGGUGCCUAUCCCUUUUGUGGAGGAACUCUCAUUGCCUCCAGAUGGGUCUUGACGGCCGCUCACUGCAUCGUUGAUGCCCUUGGAUGCAAACCCGUCCCAUAUGGUCGUCUCUUCUCCUACCAUGCUGUCACGGGGUAUGAUAUGGCUGUUAGAUUGGCAGACCAUAAAUACAAGCGCCGGGAGCGUCCAGGAUUCAGCGUUCGCGUGGAAGGCGUAAUUGUCCAUCCCCAUUUCUCGUAUUUGGCAGCGCAAAGUGGCUUUGACGUCGCACUACUGAAAUUGAGCCGCAGAGUCAAACGCUCACCACGGAUAGAAUAUGCCUGUUUGCCUGAACCUGGAUUGACUUUUUCCGUUGGCCGUUUCUGCAACUUUGCCGGCUGGGGACAGAUUCCCAAUCCACCCCAUAUGCCCCUCCCAGGUAUUCCAGACACGCUGAUGGAGUUACAGAUUCCAAUCGCAUCGCUGUCCGAAUGCAAAAAGGAAUUUCCCUUUGUGAACCAACACCUGGAUUUCUGUACGGCCGGCUCACAUGGAACACCAUGCAACGGUGACAGCGGAGGGGGUUUGCAUUGUUUCACUCAGAACGGAUCCAAAUGGGUUGUCUACGGCGUAAGUUCUUACGGUGAUAAUAAUUGCACCGGUGGAUACAACGUAUUUGCCUUGACAACAAAGAAACUCGACUGGAUUAUACAAGUCAUGACGGUGUAUGCUUACUAA